UAGGCCAAUAUGGCGGCGCCCUUUGGCGCUGCGAUCUGCUAGAAAUGUCGCUUCCCAACUGCUCCCUUUGCAAAAUGUGAAAGGAGAAAACGGCCAGCGGAGAGGGAUCUAGAUAAUGAAUCGGAGAAGGAAGCAUGGGGAUUUCUCUGGCCUGAAGAACACGCCCCGCAAAGCAGCGGCGGCUGAGGAAUACAGCUCGGUGGCUGAGCCUGGGAAGAGGAGGCUGAGGUCGGCCCGCAGCUCCGCACUCGCCGGGCCCGGGGCGGGCGAGGGGCCAGUGCCGCCCGGGCCAUGUGGAGAGCAGCCUCCGCCAGUCGCUUCGUGCAGUAAAAGUUACCCCGAGGAAAAAUAUGAAACUCCAGAGCGAAUGCUGAAAAUAGAUGUAUUGUCAUCUGCCUUCAGUUCUCCUAAUGAUCCAGAUGGACAGAAUGACAUCUUUUGGGAUCAGAACUCACCAAUGACAAAACAGUUAGGCAAAGGAAGAAAAAAAAAGAUUUGCAUCACAGACAGUGAUGAGAUUGCACAUAUUGUUAAUCGUAUUGCUCCUCAGGAUGAAAAACCAACAACAAACUCCAUGCUGGGUGUGUGGAUUGGUGCAACUGCUAUUCCCUGUACUCCUAAUGUAGCAAAAGGAAAAUCAAGAACAAAACUCAGCUGCACAAAGUUAAAAACACAAAAUCAAGAAGAAGAACUUAUGAAAUUGGCCAAACAAUUUGACAAAAAUAUGGAAGAACUAGGUGUGAUUCAAGACCAUGAAAAUAUUAAUCAUGAUUUUAUCCAAAUGACCUCAGAAACAGAGCCAUUAAAUAAUUACAACAAUAACGUACAGAUACAAUUAUCAUAUGAUAUGGUUCCUGAAAUAGACAAUGCUGUAAUACAAAGUAAACCAAGUAAAGAGAACACCAGAAUACCUGUGGCAGAUGAUCAGAAUAUCAGCCAGAAACUGUUUGAUCAAAACGCUGAAGCAGCCUUAAACGCCAUUUUUGAUGGGUCUACUCAGAAAUGCAGUGGACAGUUAAGCCAAGACCUGUCACAUGCAUUUUUGAACACCAAUAAUACUACUAUUGUAAUGAAAAACUCUUUAAAAGAAGAGAAAUCUACUACUAGAAAAAGUCUGGCCACUCAAAAGCUCCCUCACAAGACCCCAGAGUCACUUUCUCAUCAACAAAGUACUCCUGUAGUGACAAAAUCAUGUGUGACUUCUGAUACUGAGGAGGCAAAAGCUUUGAAUAAACAUACUGAUAUAAAUUGUGCCAGUGAUUUUGAGGAUGAUUGGGAAAACUUACUAGGUAAUGAAACUUUUGUUAUACAAAGUACCAAAAUACCUGAACUUUCUCCUGUUCCUAAAACAUUCCAGAUUGCUGAUCAAAACAGAGCUUAUACCUUCAACAGGAAAAGUGAAAAAAGUAGCUCAAGAACUAAGACAAGUCUAGAAGCUAGAUUAAUAGGUUCGAAGAUUUUACCUGACCUUCCUUCAGCAGCACAUACCAGUGAAUUAAUAGAUGCUGGCAAGUGUAGAUUUUUAUCAAAUCCAAAUAAUAAGGCAAACAAAUUGCUAUCUACUGUAAAUGAAUUGAAAUUUGACAAAUCUUUGAAUAAAAUGAUUCCUGAAGACAAAUUUCAAGAUUCUACAAUUGCAUCUAGUCUGACAAACGUAAACGAAGAUAACCAUACUGAAUUUACUUCUAAUGCAGAUCCUUCUGAAAAGAAGUCCACUUUGUGUAUAGGAUAUUCUAAUGAACAAAAAAGCAAGUGUGUUUUAAAUCGGUCACUUAAAACACCUGCUAAUAAAGAUUCUUUUGACUUUUCAACUUUGGAUAAUAAAACUAGUGUUUGUCACCCAAAUCAGACUCAUGCAUCAAAGUUAGACUCUUUCUUUGAUGACUGGAAUGACCCGUCAUUUGAUAAUGAAAUGUUUAAAACAUGUCAUCAAUUAGAAAAUAAGUGGGAAGUCGAUGAUGUAGAUGAUGAUUUAUUAUACCAAGCAUGUGAUGAUGUUGAAAAACUAACUCAACAACAAGACAUUGAGGACAGUAAGACAUCAAAAAAUAUGCUUGAAAACAAUAAUAGUUACAUACAUGGAACCAAAAAUGUGCAUACUACAUCUGAACAAGGAAGUCAGUUAUUGCAAUCCAAUCAUUUGAAUCUGGGCAGCAUUUUUGAGCAAACAUCCUUGACAAAGAUUUCACAAAGAGGUAAAUUGGAAAUAGAGAAAAAAGAAAUUUGUGAAAACUCUUCAAGUAUAAGUGCUGUGACUAAUAUGACUAUGAACUCCAGUAAUAGAAAUUGUCAGACAAGUAAUUUAACCGUUUCUUGGAAUAACACUGAUGAUCUAAUACAAAUGGACAAUUCCAAAUCAGUUCUUAAGGGAAGUUCAAGUAUGAGUGGGAGUUUAGAUAAUUUCAGUACAGAAAUUGCAAUUUACAAGAAUAAUUUGAAUACCCAGCAUCUCCCCUAUGGGACAGCAACAAGUGGAGCUCAGAAUAACAACACAACAGUCAAAAUCUCAAAGUAUACAUUUACAAAGAUAAAAAAUGCUCAGACUCUUUCACAAGUUAAUCAAAGCCCUAUAAUAGAAAGUACUUCUGAUACUAAAAUUACACUUGGUUUGGAGAAAAAUAAAACUGUCAACACAUGUGCGGAGGCUAUUCAACAGAAAUCUUUGUUAAAACAUUCCGAAUCACUGAAACAACCUUCAAUAGAAGAAGAAGAUAAAAAUAGGAAGUAUUCUCCUGAAGAAAUUCAAAGAAAAAGACAAGAAGCUUUGGUUCGAAGAAUGGCCAAAGCACAGGCAUCAUCUAUAAAGACAACUCCCAAUUAAUGUGAUUUCUUUAAUGAAAUACUAGUUUGAAGACUUAACAAAGACAAUUGAUAAACUAUCUGUGAUAGGAACUAUUUUCUUGAUUUCUCUGUGAGAAAUUUAAUGCUGAAUUUUAAAGCAUGGACUUCUACUUAAUAUAAUUAAUCAAUGUUUGCAAUCAUAAAUGAAGGAUUUCCUUGGAGAUACAUACAUGGAGUAGUUGCACAUAAGUUUGGGGAAUUUAGCAAUUGUGUACUAAAACUAUAGAAGAAGCUAUAUUUUAAAAUUUAUGAUUGUACAAGAUCUUCAAAAAUAGGUAACCCACUUAAUUUUUAUUGUAAUAUCUUUUUGCUUUAAUGCCUCAAUGUACUGUUAAUAGGAUGCUUUAAAUUUAUUUUCAGUAAUAGUCAAAGCUUUUCUGCAUUUCUAAGUUUUGAUUAUUCCAUGUUGGAGCACAGUUAUUGGGAAAUAAAGUGCUUCAGUUGGUAAGAAAAUGACUGUUUUCAAUAACUAGCCUGAAAUGUUAAAAAUUUGCUCUUUCUGGAAUGUGCAUUUUGGAAACAUUCCACCAAGUUUUAGGGGAAUUGCUGCUUUAAGAGCCCUAGUUUAGAAAUAAGAAAGUAAAUUGACUGUAUAGGUAGUGUAGCAUUAACAUUUAAAACUAUCACAAGCUUCAGGUAUCUGGUCCAGAUUUUUUUUUUAUGCAUACAAAUCUUUAUUUUCACAGAUAAUUUCCCUGUUAAAACAUUUUCAUCUCAAAAUUGGUGUUCCAAAGCUCAGAACUGGAUUACUUGGCCCUUUCUCUUCUUAGCUCUUCCUAGUUCAAAAUGCUUGCAUCUCUUAAUGGCCAGCAUCCUCUUGGACCUGUAUUUGGGUUCAACACCUUCAAGCCUAAGAACAAUCUUCUUUGUGUUUUUGGCCUUCUUCCGGAAAAUUGGCUUUGUUUGCCCACCAAAGUCAUUCUGCUUGCAGUCAUAUCGUCUCUUUCCCUGGGCAUACAGGGAAUUGUUGCCCUUCUUAUACUUGGUCACUUUGUGAGGCUGAUGCUUUCCACACUUCUUGCAAAAAGAUCUUCAGGUUUUAGGUACAUUGACCAUCUUUGCAAUAGCCUGUCUAUAUGAUGAAAAUAGGCAACUGAGCAGCUGAGCAAGGACUCCUAGCACUCUGAUCCCUGUACAAAGCAGGUUCCUUUGAGACAUAGUUUACUGUGGCUGAAAUUUAGCGCCCAAGUUAGCGCUCGUCUCUGCCAGCGCUUCUGGUCCAGAUUCUUUAUGAGAUAGGUGAGAAAAAAUCAAUACUGUUACUCUAAAAGUAGGCAAAUUAAAAUUGCGCUGGGAUUACAAUUAUUUCUUCAAGUACCCUGACAAAUAUACCAUUUGCUUCAGGGUAUUAAUUAGUAUGUCAAGUAGCUUACAAGAGCAUUAGUUACUUUCUCAUAUAAAACUAAAAAAAAGUGAAAGUUCAUUAAAAGCUGUGUGAUGGUAAUGCCCAUAUUUUCCUUUUAUUAAAGAAGUCACCAUUCCCAGAUAUAUAAAUGAGAAUCUUGCUUUUGAGUUUUCCAGUAACUGUAAUCAUUCCUUGGUUAAUUUACUGAGUUUACUAAUUUGUUCUCUAUUAUUUCCUCCAUCCUACCCCACCCCCAAUUUCCUCUGCUUGGAAUUUGCUAAACCACAAGUAGAAAUCUAAGUCAAAGCAGCAGAUAUAAAGCAAUAAAGAUGCUCUAGUCAUUUAAAUUAGUUUUUGUAUACCUGAGGAAAAUUAUAGUUGCGAAUUAUCUACCAUGGUAUAUUCAACUUUUCACGUGCCUUAGAAAAUCUCUCUCAGGUAUCUUAGAAUGCCUUCUUAGUGGGUGGCUUAUGCAUAAUGGUUAUGUAAGUCUUUCAUGCCAGAGGCCCUGAGGUGUCAGUUUCAAUCCCCAGCACAACCUUAAAUCAGAACUGAAAGGUGCUCUGGUGUCUGUAUAUCUUAACCUCUGCAUUUAUCUCAUUAAAAUAAAUAAAAUAUUUUUUAAAUUUG